AUGAAGAUCGUCAAGAGUGCACCGACGAAGACCUGCCCUGUUGACCCAAUACCGACAUCGUUGGUAAAGGAUCACAUCAACGUGUUGAUUCACCCUAUAACACUGAUCAUCAACAAGUCACUCGCCACAGGUCACUUCUCGACAUGCUUCAAGACAGCUCUCAUCACACCCGUCAUCAAGAAGAAAUCACUGGACUCUAUUGAUCUAAAGAACUAUCGUCCAAUUUCAAAUUUGCCUUUUAUGUCGAAGGUUGUUGAGAGAGUAGAUGCAGCCAGGUUGAAUGCACAUCUCAUUCAACAUAACCUGCGGGACAACCUCCAAUCAGCGUACACUAAGUUUCAUAGUGUUGAGACAGCACUUGUCAAAGUUCACAACGACAUAAUGCUCGCUGUUGGCAACAAAAGGGUUGUUCUCCCGGUUCUGCUAGAUCUCUCAGCAGCCUUCGACACCGUUGACCAUAAAAUCCUGCUACAUAGGUUACAGUAUCACUUUGGGGUACAGGGAUCUGCACUUUCAUGGUUCAGAUCAUACCUCCAAGAUCGAUCUCAGGCUGUCAACAUAUCUGGAGAGUUGUCUGAUCGCUCUUCAUGGCUUAGCCCCACUGUAUCUGAAGGAAAUGGUUCAACAUCGUCAACUGAGACCAGGUCUGAGGUCGUCGUCAUCCAAUAUACUGUUUGUCCGGAAGACUCGUUUGGAAACGGUGCAGGGUGGUGUUACCAUGCCCGUACUGAUAAUAGUCCAUGGAUACAGGUUGACUUCGUUGGCACAGUCACCAUCUAUGGUCUGAUCACCCAGGGGCACGGAGAUUACGACGUAUGGGUGACGGAGUAUCAAGUGACGUACAGUAACGACGGUCAGUCCUGGAAUAAGGUGACUGUUGCAGACGGCACACCAGCAAAGUUCCCUGGUAACAAGGACAGGAACACCCUGGUAACUACUCGCCUGCCGUUUGCCUUGCGCACCAGAAUCCUGCGCAUUUACCCAACUAAAUCGUAUCAGGUGUGCUGCAUGAGGUUUGAAGUGAUUGGCUGCUAUUAG